UCCAGCUCCCCCCCCCCCAAAAAAAAGCCAAGAGACAUGAGGAUGGAGUGAGUGGAAGCCGGGACUGUCCUUCCCCCUCACCCACCCACCACCUAUCAGCUUUUCCAGGAGCAAGACAACAGAGGCAGAUAGAAGGUGGACUGUGAGAAGGGAACAUAGGCAGCUAUGCAGACAUCCAUGGAGUUAAAGAAAUCCAUCUCUACCACUAAAGAGACAGAGAAGCCAAUGAAGAGCUAUGGAGCAGUGGAGGAGACUGACUGGAAAGCAGGAGGCAGAAUAAGUCAACUUGACAUUGUAUCGAUGGCCGAGACAACUAUGACACCUGAAGAAAUAGAACUGGAGAUGACCAAAAUUCAGAGGCUUCGAGAAGUCUUGGUGAGAAGAGAAUCAGAGCUCAGAUUCAUGAUUGAUGAUAUUCAGUUGUGCAAGGAAAUCAUGAGCCUGAAACAGGAACUCCAGACUUUGGUAGAUGUCCCAGAGAAGGACAAAACAAAUCCACAAAAGAAAGGUGAAGAUGAGUUGAUCCAGAAGAUCCAAAAGCUGGUGCAGAAAAGGGACUUCCUGGUUGAUGAUGCAGAAGUGGAGCGAUUAAGGGAAAAAGAAGAAGACAAAGAAAUUGCAGAUUUCCUCCGAAUCAAAUUAAAACCCUUGGACAAAGCGACAAAACCAGCUGCUAAUACUCUAGUAGAGAAGAAACCAGAACUCCCGCCCACCAAGCCUUCCAUUACAAAAACAGGAAUGGCCAUCCUGAAAGAUUGCUGUGGCACAACUCAGUGCAGCGUUAUGUAACACUUGCUGCCAGGACAACGCUGAUCAGAACGCUCCAACGGGAUGAUGGGUUUCACUUGAAAGGAUUCAAAGCAUCCAAAAUCCUGCUAACCUGAACUGUAUGUGCUGUAACGCAUUUACCAAUAGUGUAUCAAUAGUGAAACUCUCACUGUCGCAUGGAUCACUCAAAGAGCAUGUAAAAAAAAAAAAAAAGAGGAGUGUAUUUACCAAGG